CUCACAACAACAGCUGGCAGCAGAAAGACAGAGAGAAUCAGAGAGAGAAAGAGAAAGAGAGAGAGAGAAAGAUUCAGAGAGACAGAGAGAGAGAGAGAGACAGCGAGCCAGGAAGACAGGAAGAGACAGCAAGACAGAGAGAGAGAGAGACACACACACACAGACACACACAGAGACAGAGAGACAGGGCUGGGACGCACUCCUCCGCUGUCUGCCUUUCACACUGUCCACAUCAGUCGCUUUCCCCAGCAGCUUCCUCUUCACAAGAAUCCUCCGGGUCUGUCUUCUCUCCUGCCUCCUCUUCCUCUCCUGGCUGCGGGCGCAUGCUCACACUCAGAGACGGUGCAGUUUUCCGGAGCUCAGAGACAUUGACCGUUUUUAAAGAUGACCACCUCAUGGAGUGACAGACUCCAGAAUUAUGCAGACUUGCCCGCCAACAUGGACAGGCUGUCGAUGAAGAAGUACAGGAGAGAGCCCUACCACAGGGUGUUUGUCAACAGAAGUUUGGCCAUGGAGAAGAUUAAGUGCUUUGGCUUUGACAUGGAUUACACUUUAGCAGUGUACAAGUCACCGGAGUACGAGUCCCUCGGCUUUGAGCUCACAGUGGAGCGCAUGGUCUCCAUCGGUUACCCCCAGGAGCUGCUCAGUUUUGUGUACGACCCAUCCUUUCCCACCAGGGGCCUUGUGUUUGAUACCAUGUAUGGAAACCUGUUGAAGGUAGAUGCCUAUGGUAAUAUCCUGGUCUGUGUCCACGGAUUCAACUUCCUCCGAGGCCCAGAGAUACGUGAACGGUACCCAAACAAGUUCAUCCAGAGAGAUGAUACAGAGCGCUUUUAUAUCCUUAACACACUCUUCAACCUGCCAGAGACCUACCUCUUUGCAUGCCUUGUGGACUUUUUCUCCAACUGUGACAGAUACACAAGCUGUGAAACCGGCUUCAAAGAUGGAGACCUCUUCAUGUCCUACAAGAGCAUGUUCCAGGACGUCCGCGACUCAGUUGACUGGAUCCACUUCAAGGGUUCACUGAAGCAGAAGACAGUUGAGAACCUGGAGAAGUAUGUAGUGAGGGAUGGGAAGCUGCCUCUCCUCCUCAGCAGAAUGAAUGAAGUAGCCAAGGUUUUCUUGGCUACCAACAGUGACUUCAAAUACACUGACAAAAUCAUGACCUACCUGUUUGACUUUCCUCAUGGCCCCAAGCCUGGUUCCUCCCACCGACCGUGGAAGUCCUACUUUGAUCUGAUCCUGGUGGACGCCAGGAAGCCGCUGUUCUUCGGCGAGGGGACGGUGCUCAGACAAGUCGAUACGACAACAGGGCGUCUGAAGAUAGGAACAUACACAGGACCUCUGCAGCAUGGGAUAGUCUACUCUGGAGGUUCGUCAGACAUCGUGUGCGACCUCCUUGGAGCCAAGGGGAAGGACAUCGUGUACAUCGGGGACCACAUCUUCGGAGACAUCCUGAAGUCCAAGAAGCGUCAAGGCUGGAGGACGUUCCUGGUCAUACCGGAGCUGGCCCAGGAACUGCACGUGUGGACCGACAAGAGCUCGUUAUUUGAAGAACUGCAGGGUCUGGAAAUUUUCUUGGCUGAACUCUACAAACAUCUGGACAGCAGCAGCAACGAGAGGCCAGACAUCAGCACUCUUCAGGGAAGAGUCAAGAAAGUGACACACGACAUGGACAUGUGCUACGGCAUGAUGGGUAGCCUUUUUCGCAGUGGCUCCAGACAGACCCUGUUUGCCUCCCAAGUGAUGCGAUACGCCGACCUGUACGCCGCCUCCUUCAUCAAUCUGCUGUACUACCCCUUCAGCUACCUCUUCCGGGCCGCACAUGUUCUGAUGCCCCAUGAGUCGACGGUGGAACACACUCACGUGGACAUCGACAUGGAGUCGCCGCUGGCCACGCGCAACCGCACCCACUGCAACGACUGCAAGGACAUGGAGUGCAAACGCAACCAGCUGACCCGCUCCUUCAGCGAGAUUAAACCUCCCAACCUCUUCCCCCAGACCCCCCAAGAGAUCACUCACUGCCACGACGAAGAUGAUGACGAGGAGGAGGAGGAAGAGGAGGAGGAAGAGGAGGAGGAAGAGGAGGAGGAAGAGUAAUACGGUGGACUUGGACAGGAGAGCCAUGCUCCUGCUCCUGCCUUCCAAUGUUUCCCAGUAGAGUCAGUUGAUCUCUCAGAGUGAGGCAGAGAGAAAACAAUCUCCAGUAUGUAUGUGCGUGUCUGCUGUAUCAGUACUGUAUGCUCACACACACACACACACAUACUCUGAGAUUUGUGAGGAAAGUAUAAAGGACCAGUAGCGGGACAGAUUGUAUGAAGACUGUAUUCAUUCUAGGUCCUCAUAAUGCAACUUCAUUAUAAGGAAAGUAUAUUUGUUUUUGAUUUAAUCUCUGUAUCCUUUCCCCUACACACACACACACACACACACACGUAAAUAUCACAUAUUGUUUAUCAUUCUGUUUUAUAAGUUGACUUUUAAGACCUGCUGGUGGAGUAAACAGACGUUCACUUAAAUCCACCAGACACGGUCAAUAAACUGUAGUUUUAAUUGCAACACACUAGCCUUGCAGUAUGCACAUUGUAAUCAAACAAAAAAAUAUUUUUUAUGCAACUUGGGAACAACAUUCAGUUUGUCAUGUUUUGCUUCAUUUUGUCGAUUUUCUUCAUGAUAGAUGAUUGAUUUCUUCUAACUUGUAUGUAAGUGUGUGUGUAUGUGUCUGUGUGUGUCUGUGUGUAUCUGCCAAAGUAGACUCACUCAGACUGUAGCACCCUGAGUGACGGCGAGUGAAAGAUCCACUGUAUCAACCUGAAGCACAGCAGCACUGAAGCACAGGCCAGUGUGAAGCCGUUAAACAUGUGGUACGCAAGUGGCUGUCCAGCUGAUAUUCUGUUACCUAGCAACAAUGAGAACAGAGUACUGUAACUGUAUCUAAUGCCGACAGUCUCUAUGACAACUUUGAGCUACAGUGGUGUGUCUGUAAAUAGCAUCGGAGGGGGUGGGUUCUUUCCUUCAGCUCGGUUAUUUAGGAGGCUGAAACUUGAUUGUUAUAUUUGAAUAUUUGAGAGGGUUUUAUUUUAAUAGCCGGAUGUAAAAUAUGAGAAGAGUUUGACCAGUUGAAGCAACUUGAAAGACGUGUGAGGUGAAGCUGUAAUGACAGGAGCGUGAACGUGGCCUGUGUGAGAGGAGGGUUAUUCUGGGAUGUACAGUGCAGAGCUCCGUUCAGUACGUGCACCUCGCUGCUCACUGUGAUCAGCCUGCUUUCUUUAUUUUAUGAGGCUUUGUUGAGCUUUUGAUGUAACUUGCAUUUUCUUUUAACUUUACAACAGUGGACAAGCUCAGAACUUUAAGCCCUUGAAAACUUUUAAUUCUUUAAAACAAGUGUUUAUGAAUUACGACGGCGUAUUGGGGUCAUAUUGAAGUGAAAAAAAUACGAUUUUCAAGAAAAAAGUUGUAAUAUGAGAAAAAACCGAGAAGAAAAAAGUCAUUAUAUGAGAAUAUAGCUGUAAUUUAUUGAGAAAAGUCAUAGUAAUAUAUUAGUAUGGUAUAAAUAAGUAUAACCAUGCUGGCCAGGGGUCUGCUCCUUCUGGAUCCAAAAGCUAGAAUAACAAUUAUUUAUGUACUAGAUAUAAUGUGCAAGAUAUAAUAAAAUAUAUAAUAAAAUAGAUUGAGUUUAGUAUUUAGUUAAUUGAAGUUUAAAUCAACAAGAUAUUCCACAGUCCUCAUUUUAACACAGGCGAGAGGCUGAUCUUCUUACAUUCCCCCUCUAACAUGACACACAAUCUGACAUUUGAUCUUUUCUCAUAUUAUUUCUUAUCAAUUUCACGAAAUCUCCUCAAAAAAACCCCUUUACUACGUUGUUAUAAAUGAAUAAGCAAUGUCAAAAUGUAUAAAAGGGGUUAGGUAUUCGUUAUUAAUAGUUUAACUGUCAACAACAGUUUACCUGCUUCAUCACGACCGUGUAGUUUGAUUUGAGUGACAGUUAGUGUUUUUAUGUACAUUUUCAAUCUGCAUAAAAGGUGAUGUUUCACAGCUGAUGGAGUGGGUGCAAACAGACGUAGGGAUUAAAGUAGAAUGAACCAGCAAGGGACUCAAAGGAAAGUCUAAAAACAAAAAAAAGCCUCAGAUAAAAUCAUCUCUGUGGAGCAAUGAGGAGACUUUAACAUUUUCAGAUUUAUACCUGACACAAGCACAAAUUCGACUUUUCCAUCACAUUUUCCACUAAGUUUUUUUUUGUGUCAUGUUUGACCUCGGCUCUUCUAAAUGCUGCUGGAGAGGUUUAACAUCGUCACGACGCCCUGCAGACUAUUCUCAAGCUCAGUAAGGAGUGAAUAGUGAUGGAUGAACAAGAAUUCACAUUUUCUUUUGGAACAAAGUUGAAAUUUGACCUAACUUGCGAUGGAAACUUGGCAAGCGACCAAACAGCUGUCACCACAUUUGGAUUGAAACGUUGCCGAGUCCUGAUUGGUGCUUGAAAGAAUGUGAAUCUCCUUUAUCCAAACCCCUGCCUACUUCAACCUUGUGGGAAAAAUGUCUCAUGUCCUAGUAUUCAAAUGCAUCAGUGUUUGUUUUCAAAACGCUAAACGAGAACUACGUGAAUAUCAAACCUGGUGACUUGUUUGUUUUCUUUCCGUCUCUUUUUUUAACAUGAAGUGUAUCCUGAAUGUUAACGUUUCUCAUCUUUUUAUAUUCGGUGCUGACGUGCAUCAGUCCUGUAAAUGUCAGCUUGUUGAUUUAGGCCACCAAAGGGAAGAAAUGUGUCGCUACAGUGACACAAACGCCCCUUUUCCUCUUUUGUCCCUUCUUUUUUCUACACAACUGAAAUACUGUGUUUGUAUUCUCAGGCGUGACUUUUGUUUCUUGAAUGACUGGAUGUGCUACACGAGGCAGCUACAUUGCUUAUGAGAACGACUUUUUUCUUUGUAUAAUUUGCAUAUGCAUGUGAAAAUAAUAAGCGUAUCUGUUCUGCCACGGUAGCAUUUGUGUUUUCUUUCUCAUGGACGGCAUCCUUUUUAGGACAAGCUUCUUUUCUGGACAUUGUAGUUUACACAGGGUGAAAAAACAUCAUCUUAAUCUGUAAAAACAAAACUUGCAAUGAAGGGAAAUGUGAAUAGCAUGUUAAGUACCGUAACUUGUAAUCAACACCAUGGGCUUAUUUUUAUUUUAUUUUUCUAAGCUAGUGUUUUUUAAAUGGUCUUGGUUUACACAUCUGUAAUUAGACCGUUCCAUUUCCUUUUCUUAUCCUCUUUGUUUUUCAAACUGUUUUCUGUUUUUAUAUACUGUAUCACAGUGGUCGACCUAAAGCCUGGUGAACAGUUCCACUGUUGUAGAAGACGUUUAACCUUUGUUGUGAUGCAUCCACACUAACAUCCGGUGCCAAAACAGUCACCUGUCUCUCUGUAAACCACUGGGAUCUUCGGUUUUUAUGCAUAUCAAUAUGUUCUCCUGAACAGUGUUUUGUUUGUUUGUUCCAGAAACUAGCCUACAAACUGUACAUUGAGAAAAAUACAUAAAAAAUGUAGAAUAAAAAUAGUUUUUCAUAA